GCGGUGUCCCAGUUCCAAUGCGAUGUAUUCACCAGCAGGAGUAAUGAAACGGGGAGAGGGGGCAUUUUCCGCAGCUUAUUGGUGAGACCGCAAAAGACUAGCGCACAGAGAGGACAGACACAAACUUUCGGACAGAGGACCAAAACGUCAUUUAUCUGUCUUUUUCUCUGGACGCGUCUGCGGCCUUUUUUUUUAAAUUUCUAUUCCUGUUGUUUAUCCAGCAGCCUGAAACGUUACUUUGUCGCAGUUCGUUGGAAGUGAUUUACUGGGCAAUGGUGAAGGAGGACACAUUUUGCGGAAUUCACGCCUUUACCUGUGUUUAUUCCCUAAACUUCACUCCAGUGAGGGGACACUGACUUGGAUCCUGUGUGCGGCAUAAAGUGAAGUAGCCAGAGGGGCUUCAGCUGCCCUGCACCACUGGAGCCUUCAAUAAUGUCGGGGCCAACACACCGCAACCGGCCCCCUCGCUUCUGACCCAACAUGGAACUCAAGGUCUGGGUGGAUGGAGUCCAGAGGGUCGUCUGCGGGGUCACUGAGGCAACCACCUGCCAGGAAGUUGUGAUAGCUCUGGCACAGGCUAUAGGUCGUACUGGGAGAUACACUCUGGUAGAAAAAUGGCGGGACACUGAGCGUCACCUGGCCCCUCAUGAGAGCCCUGUGGCUUCUCUGAACACCUGGGGCCAGUAUGCUGGUGACGUCCAGCUGAUCCUGCAUCGCACCGGCCCCUCCCUGACUGAACGACCACCCUCAGAAGGACCCCCUCUCAGGGGACCUGAACGUGGACUGCAUCGACAGAGCCUCCCGCCCCUUGCAAAGCUGCGUCAUCCCAACGAUCGCUCCCUCCGACGCCGUGAACCGCGCCGCAAGUCUCUCACGUUCACUGGUGCACCCAGAGGCCUUAGGGAGAUACUGAGCGGAGGACGAAUUGGCGAGGCUGAGGCUAAACGAAGACUCCUCCUGGGAAACGGUGGAAAUCACCACCAUGCAGGACCAGCCAUCGGGACUGCAUCGCCUGGCAUCUGGGCCUGUCGCAUGGAAGAUUUGGUCAGAUUGGUCGGUCUGCAGAGAGAGACCCUCAAUGUGCUGGAGAAAAAGCUGGAGGCCUAUGAGGCUGAGUUGCAGGUCUGGGCUGAAGGGCGAGGGGGGCGAGGUGGAGGGUUCAUUGGGGACCCAGGAGGAGGAGGAGGAGGGCUGAUAGAGGAGAUCCUGAGGCUGGAGAAGCAUCUGAGGAAGAACGAGGUGGAGAUGGAGGAGGAGGAGUUUUGGGCCACUGAGCUGCAGAUUGAGAUAGAGAGUGAGAGACAGCUGGAGGAAAGACUGCAGGAGCUACGAGGACGCCUGCAAGGCUGUGAACUGGACAUAGAAGAAAAGCUGGCAAUGGUACAGAGUGUAGAGGCAGGCCUGGAAGAGGAGCGGCUGCAGAGGGAGCGGCAGGAGACCCAGUGGGUCAGCGAGGCAGAGGCUCGGGCUCAGGUCCUCAGAGUCAAAGCAGAGCUGAAAGCCCAGGAGAGACAGGCUGUCCAGCUGGAGAGCAGUUGCAGAGCGGUGGACAGGUCACUUGGACAAAGCAGCAAGAAACUGCAGGACAUGCAGCAUGAGCUGGAGCAGCUGACCAAGGAGCUGAGGCAGGUUAACCUGCAGCAGUUCAUCAAGCAGACCGGCACCAAGGUCACAGUACUGCCGGCUGAACCCACUGAGGAUGAAAGUACUCACAGCAGUCACGGUAUAGAUUUAGUUCCCCUGUCUGGCUCCCUGAAGCGUCCUGUGUCGUCACACUCGUCCACUCACCUCCGGGUCCUCCAAAACCCUCUAAGUUCUGGUCUGAACCCAGAGGGAAUCUAUGUGUGAGACAAUUCUGCUUAGAGUGAACACGUCCUGUCUCCCUUUCAGAGCCCAUUUCACCCAUGAACACAUUUGUAAGUGGAUAUCUUUGUACAGGAUACCUCAGUAGCACACUACUAUGCACUGUUGUCUCAAUUAGAUGAAGGCAACCUUGAGUGUGACAACUCAAACAGAAGGAAUGAUGCUGAUCUUUAAAUGGAAGUCAUGGAGCACUUGGUGGGAUGAAAGAUGGUUAGAAGCGAUAGCCUGAAGAAACAACACACGGCAGCAGCACCAUGCGUCAUGGUGCACCGUCUCUGAACAUAUUAGGACUUUCUAAACAUCAAGCUGUUGUGGACUUCUUUUAUAAACAUAUCCACUUAAUGUACUUUUACUCUCACUUUAUUACCUGCUGAAUGAUUUAUAUUGUUUCUCACUAGCAUCAUGAUUCAAAACUAUGGCCUUUUGAACAGUAUUCUUGAGAAUCUUAGUAUGUGAAUCUACAAACUAUAUCUCUAAACUCAUAUGUAAUUUCUGCAAUGAAUACAUUUUACCCAGCAUAAUGACUGGUUCUUAUAUAAUUAAUGAAGGAUCCACUUGUGUCUAUAGUCAAACUGUCAUGUUGCAUAUCAGAAUUUAUUCCUGUAGCUCUGACUCUCUGUUCAUGUUAAAACUAUGCACAAAUGGUUAAUAGUUUUGUUACUGAAGAAUGUUACUGUCUGUACGUACCAAAAUGAUGGCUUAUUGUAAAUAUGUUUUCUCACUUUACAGCUUUAUUUAGUGAAUUAUUAUAUUUUAUUACAAAGCUGUGCAUUCACAGUUACACGAUGGAGUGCCCUCAUUCCCGCAGUAAUGUCUGCAUAAUGAAACAGUGUUAUUAUCCUCUUAAGCUGAUUUUUCUUUUGUAUUCUUUUUUUUUAUGUUAAGAUGCAACACAGUAUAUUUUUGCCAAAUGUAUUAUGCUUGUUUUCUGGAAGGAUCGGUGGCCAAAGAUUAGCAGGUCUUUGCAUGAUUGUGUCGUUGAUAUAGCCAUAUCUGGAUGUGAAGAGCACCCACAGUAUAGUAAAUCACUUAGUUGAGUCUAAAAAUGGUGGCAUGUAAUAAUACAAUGGAUAGCUACAGCUACAGUGCGUGAGUCAGUGAUUAAAGAGGUGUGUGUGUGUGUGUGUGUGUGUGUGUGUGUGUGUGUGUGUGUGUGUGUGUGUGUGUGUGUGUGUGUGUGUGUGUGUGUGUGUGUGUGUGUGUGUGUGUGUGUGUGUGUGUGCAUGCGCGCGCGCGCAGAGUCAGAAGCCCUCGUAGGUUGUAGUUCAGCUGCUAAUCACAUCAAAGUGCCUUAUAUUCAUUCCACAGUUGGUGUAUAUAAAAUAAUGUACAGUGAAGCAAUGAUCAAAUGUCGCUAGAUGUAUUAGUGCCACAUUUCUGCACAGAGAGACAUGCCAAUAGUGCAGCAACAAAGAGGAAACUAUAAUUAUGUUUUAUCUGUCAGUAUUUUGCUGAAAUGUCAGUGGAAAGAACAUUAUUGAUAGUACUUUCCACUUUGCUACUGUAUUAUUGUCGCCAUAAUAAUAUGAGCUGUAAAAUGCAUUGACAUGUAAUCUGAUUUAUUUCAUCAUGCAACACAUAGCAUAGUCACCAGUUUAUAUCAGUACUGUCAUCCCAGAAUAAAUAGUUGAUGUAAUACAGAAGGAAAGUCCACCCUGUAUGAUUCAGUAUCUACAAAAACACAACAAAAUACAUCAGCGCUACAGUGUGUGUCUCUCGACUUGCCAGUUAAAGGAGAGACCUGUUAAAAAAACUCUUAGGGUUUCAGGUCAUCGAUGAAAGUCUAUAUAUUGGGGUGGAUUUUCCCUUUAAGAAACCAUUUGUGUGCAUUUUCCACCCUGGGAUGAGAUGUAGCUGUGGUCACUGUUUACAACCAUAUUAUGUUCUAGAGAACUGUAAGAUGUCAACUGUACAUAACCUGUUUUUAUUUUAUUUUUCUGCCUUAAUAUACUGCAAAGUGUUGACAGACGUAUGGCUGUAACUGGCUGCUGAUAUGACAUGGAUUGCAUGAUUCAAUAAACCAUCAGACAAAA